CGUCUCCUCGCCACAACAACAACAAGAGAAGAUGUCGUCGCCCAACCUACCACCGUGUCCUCCUCAGCUGAAGACCGUCCAGCAUUAUCUCAAGAUUGCUAAUGACUAUGACAAGAGGGAGCCCGUCGUUGCGUACUGGGUUCGACUCUAUGCACUGCAGACAGCACUCAAAUUGGACCGCAAGUCACCAGAAGCCCGUGCUCUAUUGACUGCCCUUAUGGAUUACUUAGAAACCUUCAAGAAGACAGCACUCAAAUUGGACCGCAAAUCACCAGAAGCCCGUGCUCUAUUGACUGCCCUUAUGGAUUACUUAGAAACCUUCAAGAAGACAGCACUCAAAUUGGACCGCAAAUCACCAGAAGCCCGUGCUCUAUUGACUGCCCUUAUGGAUUACUUAGAAACCUUCAAGAAGGAAAGCUACUCGUACAAGAGAUCAAGGAAAUUACCGAAUGUUGUAAAGGUAUUCUAUUCAGCUGGACUACUGUGUGAUGUCUGUGAAGUUUUUGGGGAGCUGACAGACGAGGUGGCAUCACAGAGAAAGUAUGCCAAGUGGAAAGCAACGUAUAUCCAUAAUUGCCUAAAGAAUGGAGAAAAGCCUAUCCCUGGGCCAAUGGGUGGAGAUGACGAAGGCCUAGGAGAAGACGUGGGCGGCGACGAAGCGCAAGGGGCCGUGGGACACAGCGGAGGUGCAGACUUAGGCUGGUCGCACCCACCUCAGCCAGGCAUGUCUCUGCCCUCUGUGCCGAAUAGCGCAUCAGCAGGAGGUAUGCCCGAUGUGUCCUCCUCAACUCCGCCUCCAUCAGUUCCUUCAGUGCCACAUUCUUUACCUCAGAUGCCUCGAGUCCAGCCAACACCAGAUGCAGGUAACAUCCCCCACAUGCCAGUGACACAGACAUCAAGUACAGGUGUUAAAUUGAGUCCUUCUGACAUGAAUAAAGCCCAGAAGUAUUGCAAGUGGGCAGUCUCUGCACUCGACUAUGAGGAUUCAAAAACUGCAAUAGAUAAUCUCCAGAAAGCAUUAAAUCUGCUCAGAACAGGAAAGGACAGUUGAGACAAGAGACAAACCUCUCUAUCUCGUAGUAAUGUCAUUUAUUAUUUUUGGUUAUUUCUGCAAUGAGAAUGUGAAGCCUCUUGUGUGGAAGCAUAUGAAAUUUAUGUUCCAUAACUAUGAUCAGAAUUUCUAUAUAUAUCAGUGUGUGAGUGUGUGUAUGUGUGGGAUUGCAUGUUUGUUUGCACAUGUGCAUACAUGCUUACAUGCAUACAAGCUUCCCUGUGUUUAUGAGUGAAUAUGUAUGUGUGUAUGUGCGUUAGUUGGUGUUUAUGUGUGUGUGGAUGUAUCUAUAUGCCUGUUUGUAUAUGUAUAAGCAAAUAUAAAUUUAUAGAUACACAUAUACCUACGCACACAUACAUUCUCUUUGUUU